AAACGAAUGGAGAAGCGAACGUCGAUUGUUUUGGUUGAGUGUUGGAGGGUAGAACAUAGUGAAAAAUGUGGGGUUUACGAGGUGCACUUACUUUCUCCCGAAGAAUUAAUUUCAAGGCUCUGUCAAGGUUUGCUGCUCGCGGUUUAUCGUCUAGGCCCAUUCCCUGUGUCGAGGGUCAUGUGGGGGUCCCUGAAGGAGUCAUGGACUCGACAUUCUUGAAGAAUGACAUGAAACUGGUCUGCGAGUACAAAGCAGACUCUUGCUUCACUGCUGUGGGGUGUUUUCUCCCUGCUGGGGCUGUACAUGAAUAUCCACAGGAGAGAGGGGCUGCUUUAUUUAUGGAGCAUUUACUGUUUCGAAAAACUAGAUGUAAAGAUCCCGACGAUAUUGACGAGGAGCUGGGGAAAAUAGGAGCUAAGCUAUCGACAACUGCCACGCGAGAUAUUUUUCUCUUCUAUGGAACGGUCCCGUCGUGGGACUUUGAAAAAUUGAUGGGACUGUUGGCGGAGAUAAUUCUUGAUGGAAUCAUAUGCGAAGAGGACGUUGAGAGGGAGAAGAAAGUCAUCCUCAGGCGUUUGGAGGAAAUGGAGGGGAAUUUCGAAGGAAUGACGAUGGAUUACCUUACAAAUGUUGCAUAUCAGGGCACGAACUUGGGGAGGAGUGUCUAUCCAGAGACCUGUGUCAUCGAGACAAUGACUGCAGACACAAUCAACGCUUUCAGAAACCGUCUCUUCAGGCCCCACAACAUGACGAUGAUCAGCACUGGUGGCACAUCCAUCGAGGACCUGCAAUGCAUCGCUGAGAGGUAUUUUGAGACUGGAGACCCUGAUCCUUGCAAGCCCCCUGAACAAAUAGAUCAAGAAGUGUACCCAGCCUCCCUGUCCUUCCGAUACACAGGCUCCGAGAUGAGGUACAGAGACGACGAUCAGGAGUUGGGGUACGUAGCCAUGGCUGUGGAAGGACCAGGGCAUGGAAAUUGCAAUGAUCACUGUGCCAUGACUGUUGCCAAGGACUUCGUGGGGCAGUGGAGCCUUGCUGAUGCUGGCUACAAGAAUAAUGCUCCAUACCUGGCACAAUGUGCCUUUGGUACAAACAUGUGUCACCUCUACAAAUCCUUCAAUGUGGGAUGGCAUUGCACUGGACUCUGGGGAUGUUACUUCGUGUGUGAGAAACUGCAACUAGAGGACAUGGUCUUCAUGAUUCAGAAGGAGUGGAUGCGCCUCUGCACCUCCAUAACUAGUAAAGAGGUAGCCAGGGCUGUGAAUCAGUGUAAAAUGCGGGAGUUGAUGAGCGUGCAGACCCCGGAAGACAGAUUCCUCGACAUUGCGAUGUGCAUUUACCAUCGGGGUUCCUAUCAAACGUUCAACGAGAGACUCUCACGAUUCGACGGAGUGUCUGUGGGGGUAUUGAGAGAAGCAGCUGACAAAUACAUCUACGAUCGGUGUCCGGUGAUCGCGGCAGUAGGUAGGAUCGAGAAUCUCCCUGAUUAUAAUUUCAUCAGGUCUUAUAUGUACCAAUUAAGACGAUAAAGGAAGGAUAAAUAAUUAAUUUGAUUAAUGAGACGCAGACACGUCAUUCCUCUAAAAUAAAAAAAACUGCAAU